GCACAGUCAGCACUAAAGUCUCUCUCUGUCUUGUUUCGCUUGCGGGACGAUGGUUUGCGCGUGAGCCAUGUGCGCUAACAUGCAGAGCAAUCCAGAGAAGAGGAGAGACACCGCGUCCCGGGAUGGAGAAGGACCCCGGGACGAAGCGCAGGCGGACGCCGAGCGCGAGACGCUGAUGAUGGAGCUCACGCGCCUGGUGCAGAAGAGUGUGAGAGAGAGCAGCUGGUGGGAGAGGAGAGGAAUAGACUGCAGCAUCCUCACCGCAGCCUUCAUCAGUUUACCGGCAGGGUUCCUGUUGCUGGGUUCAUGUCAGACACUGUACUUCCUGUCAGGUGUUCUGAUGAUGGGCGUGGCUCACGCUGUCAUCACUGUUAAAGGCACACACCUGGCCAGUCACGGCGCACUCAGCGAGUCUCCGGCCUGGGCACACUUCUGGGCCGUCUUCUUCAUCGAAGUGUGCGGCUCGUUCUCAGCGCGGGCCGGCGUUCAGGCUCACGUUAAGAUGCAUCACGCUCACACUAAUGUGAUCACUCUGGGAGACUCCAGCACCUGGAAAAUGCCCUUCCUGCCUCGAUCCGUCUAUCUGUUCAUCGCGCCGCUGGCCGUCCCCAUCAUCACGCCCAUCGUCGCCAUCAGUCAGCUGAAGGGUCAGUCUCCGCUCCUGAUCCUGCGCACCGUCCUGUGUGUGUGUCUGGGCUUUUUUUCUCAGUAUUAUCUGCUCAGGUGUGUGUCGGGUCUGUCGUGCAGCUCCGCUCUGCUGGUCAUGCUUCUGUGCAGAGCCAUGUUCUCCCUGCCGUACAUACACGUCAACAUAUUUCAGCACAUCGGCCUGCCAAUGUUUUCUGCCACUAACCGGCCCAAGCGCAUCUACCAGAUGACACACGGAGUCCUCAAUCUUCCCCGAAACCUGCUGCUGGACUGGACCUUCGGCCAUUCCCUCAUCAGCUGCCACGUGGAGCAUCACCUCUUCCCAUUCCUGUCUGACAACAUGUGCCUGAAGGUGAAGCCGCUCGUGUCUCAGUAUCUGAAGGAGAAGAAGCUGCCGUAUCAAGAGGACGCUUACGUCUCUCGUCUGAGUCUGUUCUUCCACAGAUAUCAGGAGCUGAUGGUGUUCACUCCGCCCAUCACUGAACUGGUGGGAAUCCAGUGAUGACUGGAUGAAGAGCAGAAGAAGGACACUGACAUGACCACCGUCCAGAUUUUAUACAUUUUCAAUUGGUUCAUAAAGCCAUUAGAAUUAAA